AUGAAACUAUUUGCUGCCAAUCGGACACCAAUCGAGGUUUACGGAGAAUCGCUAUACACACUGGAUCUGGGACUUCGUCGCACAUUCCUGUGGAGUUUCGUGAUAGCGGACGUAGGUUCAGCCAUCAUCGGGGCCGAUUUCCUUCAGCACUUCAACCUCUUAGUGGACCUUCGCCGCAAGUGUCUAGUGGAUGCGCUCACCAAGCUGUCUACACCCGGGGAAACGGACCACGAGCUACAGGAACCAACCGUUAAGGUUUGCGAUAGUUCGUCGCCGUUCGCCGACCUGCUGAAGGAGUUCCCCGGACUAACCACAACGAUCGCGCCCGGAACGCUCCUGCGAACUAACGUCACACAUCGGAUUGAAACCACCGGACAACCAACCUUUGCACGACCCCAAAGAUUGUGUCCGGAGAAGUAUGCUGCAGCCCGUGCGGAAUUUGAAUCGUUGGUUCAACUCGGAGUUUGCCGUCCAUCAAAUAGCAGUUGGGCCAGCCCGCUACACAUGACGAAGAAAGCCGAUGGAAGCUGGCGCCCGCUAUACAUGACGUCUUGCGAGGCCUGGAUUUCGUCUUUCCAUACAUCGACGACAUGA